AUGGGGACCAAGACUGGUCUCGCCAACCUGCCCACCGAGCUCGUCCACCAGAUCCUCGAAUCUAUCGCCGUCCCAGUCCGCGCCCGACGAAAUGAAGAAGGACCACAGCUCAGCCCCUCGCGCGAGAGCCGCCGAGCACUGAAGAACAUCUCGCAGACCUGCCGAGUAAUCCGAGAACUCGCGACGCCCCUGCUGUCCAAGCACCUCUGCUUCUUCAUGCACCCAUCUUCCGACUUCGAGCUGUAUGCCCUGCUCCAGUGGUGGUCCAGCCGUCCGGGACAGGCGUUGGCGGUGCAGUCUCUCUAUAUCGGUGCCAAAGAAGAAGGAGCGUCAAGUCGGCCCCAGAACGAGGAUGGGCUGGCCUUCACGGCGUCGGAAAUGGCGUUUCUGCAAGCCGCCGCGGAGCAAUCCGGACUGCAAGUGACGGAAGAUUGGCUGCAGCCGGGCAUCCAGCGGACCCGUGUCUUGGCGAUGAUGGUCCUUCUACAGGUGCGCAACAUCAAGACCUUGGAGCUAUCCAUCAAUAUCAAAGGGUUCUUAAGAUGUCUCCCCGCUGGGAGCGUCGGAUUUCCGACACACUACGAUGCGCUUACGGACAUUCGGCUCGGCAAGAACACACUUGGAACGUUUGAUACUACGGAUGAAGAUGACCCACACUCCGGCAGCAGCGACGCGAGACGUCUGCUAGAAUCAGCACCGCAGCGCGAGACAGUCCAUCUUGAUUUCUUCGCAGGCAACCAUCGAGAGUGGUCCGCCAUAGAUUGGUCCAGCGUCAGGAACCUGCACUUGCGGCGGCUAGAGAGCGAUGACGUCCGUGUGACGGAUCUGGCGACGUUUUCCCAUAUUGUACAUGCCUGUCGAGGCCUACGGGAGUUGUCGAUUUGCCUCGAUGGCGUAGAACGGAUCGAUGGACAACGUGGAGAGCUCAUGCGACACAUAGCGGCGCAUAAGAAGACUCUCCGGGAACUAGACGUCGCCUGGGACUUAUUAGACGAACGCGAGGAAUGGGCUGCAGUGGCGAUGAUGCAACGUUGCCAGAACCUCGAGCUGCUCAAGUUACCUCAAUCACUCGCUCCAUGGGGAAUCAUUGAAAGGCUGCCCCCAAAUACACGCUGGCUGUAUGUUCCCACGGACUACUCACUUCAAAGAGACGGACAACAUGGCCACUUCGAGUGGCUCAACAACUUUAGCUGUUUGGACGGUCCACUCUAUGAAAGAGUGUUUGAAGAUGGGAGCCUCCCAAACCUCGAAGGGGUGGUUAUUCCGGCCUUCGUAUGUCCACACGGUCAGCAGUGUCUGUCUGCGCUGAAAAACGAGCUCAGCAAAGGCUUCGUGCAGAAAUUCCCGACCCCUUCGUCUCUAGAAACAGAUGUUGCUAUCGUGGAGUGUAAGGUAUCGAGAAAUGUUCGGGAAGGACUCUUCAUGCUCCUCGAAUCAGGGCUACCCUGUGGCGUGGAAUUCGACGACCUCCGUUGCAAAGUGGAGAUGCAGCCGGGCCACGCACCUAGCCCGGUUGCUUCUGAGCUGCAGGUGAAGCUCAUUCCCUCUGUUAUUUAG